AUGGGGACAACACCAGUGAAUUCAAAUUCUCCGAGUUUCUCAGACAUUCAAAAUAAAAGUUCCACGGUUCCCUAUCAAGAAAACGCGACAUUCGCUCAAACAACAACAUCGAUGAUUAGUUCGCAAACGCUACCUAACAUGGAGGACGAUACGCUUACAACAACUGACAAAAACAAAACUCAGGAAACUUCAGAAAAUGCAAUUGAUUCAACACUACAGGAAUCACAACACCCGACUUCCACAGACAUGCCAAAGAAUAGUUCAGCACUGCCUAGUACAGAAAAGGCGACGCCCACGCUAACAGCAACAUCGAUGUCCAGUUCGCAACAAUCGGCCAGCAUUGAAGUCAGUUCACCCAGGCCAACCCAUACCACGAACUGA